AAAACAUUUCUCGCAUUUCUUUUCUUUUCUUUUAUAGUCCCUCAUUACGCGCUUCCACGUCGUCUCCUUUAAAUUCUUGCUUCAUAUUUACUCUAAAUAAGGAUUUUGGAUUUUCUCUUACCCCUAAAUUUUUGCACGCAAAUAUAGAGAAUGAUAAUGUUUUUCCAAAUUUCUUGAAAUCUUGAGCUUUACACAAAAGCACACUGAGCUUUUCUAAACGCUUUCAAAAAUCUGUGUUUUGUUGUUUUUUGUACUUUUCUUUGAUCUGGUUGUUGAUUUCCUGCCACUUUUAUUCUCAGAAUAUUCUUUACGUUUAAAGAUUUGUAGGUGUUUGCACAUUUACUAUUUCCGUUUUUUUUUUUUCUUUCAAAUAAAUUUUUUCUAUCUGUGUUUUACAAAUGUAGCUCGUUUCUGUUAAUUUUCUUUUCUUUAUUCCAAAUGUGAAUUUUUAAAUUGAAUUAGGGCUUACUCUGUAAAGAAAGAUUAUAUUUGUGUGAAAACAGAGACUGUUUAAGGCUUAAACAAAUUCAAGGUUUCAAAACUUGAUCAUAAUUGUAGCCUUGUAGCACAGAUAAGCUAGGCUUAAGCUUAUCAAUGCCGGUGAAACAUGCCGAGCAUUAGAGCUCCGGCCGCGAAGAAAGCCACGACUCUUACGGUUGCCGUGAAAUGUAGGCGGUUCACGGGGAGAGAACAGAGUCGGGACAUUGUUCGAGUUAUUGACAAUAAGGAGGUUCUUGUAUUGGAUCCUGACUUGUCAAAGGACUACCUUGAUCGCAUACAGAAUCGAACGAAAGAAAAGAAGUAUCGUUUUGAUCAUGCAUUUGGUCCUGAUUGUACAAAUGUGGAUGUGUACAAAAGAUGUAUAUCCUCUGUAAUCUCAGGGGUUGUUCAAGGUCUGAACGCAACUGUAUUUGCAUAUGGCUCAACUGGAAGUGGUAAAACAUAUACAAUGGUUGGGACUCGAGAUGAUCCUGGACUCAUGGUUCUCAGUUUACAUACGAUUUUUGAUCAUAUCAAAAUGGACAAGAGCUCCGAUGGAUUCGAAGUUACUUGCUCCUACCUUGAAGUGUACAACGAAGUUAUCUACGAUUUGCUUGAAAAAUCAUCAGGUCAUUUGGAACUUAGAGAGGAUCCUGAACAAGGAAUAGUUAUUGCUGGGCUGAGAUGUAUCAAGGUUCACUCAGCAGAUAAAAUCCUUGAACUUUUGAAUGUGGGGAAUAGUCGGCGGAAAACGGAAAGCACGGAGGCUAAUGCAACUUCUUCACGAUCACAUGCAGUUCUAGAGAUCACUGUGAAAAGAAAACAGAGAAACAAGUAUCGAAAUCAAGUCAUGCAAGGAAAACUUGCACUUGUAGAUCUUGCUGGCAGUGAACGAGCUUCUGAAACACAUAUUGGAGGCCAAAAGCUAAGAGAUGGAGCUAAUAUCAACCGAUCACUUCUUGCUUUAGCAAACUGCAUAAAUGCUCUGGGGAAGCAACAAAAGAAGGGUCUUGCUUAUGUUCCUUACCGGAAUAGCAAAUUGACACGAAUACUUAAAGAUGGUCUGAGUGGCAAUUCUCAAACAGUCAUGGUUGCCACAGUAUCCCCUGCAGACAGUCAGUAUCACCACACUGUGAAUACCUUGAAGUAUGCUGACAGGGCAAAGGAAAUAAAGACACACAUUCAGAAAAACAUAGGCACAGUAGAUACCCAUGUAUCAGACUACCAGCGGAUGAUUGACAGUCUUCAGAAUGAGGUUUUCCGACUGAGAAAAGAACUAGCUGCAAAGGAAUCACAGCUUAGUCUCAAACCUGCUGAAAAAGCUACAGAUGAUAUGUCUUGGUUGAAUGUAUUGAGCCAUGAAAUCAGUGAAAAUGUUCAGGAACGGAUAAACUUACAGAAGGCAUUAUUUGAGCUUGAGGAAACUAACCUUCGUAACCGCACUGAACUCCAGCAUCUUGAUGAUGCUAUUGCAAAGCAGCAGGUUAUUGAAAAAGAUGGAGAGGUUGUGGAGGCUUUAAGAGCAAGAAGGCAAGUCAUUCUGGAUAACAUCCGUGACAACGAUGAAGCCGGUGUCAAUUACCAAAAGGAAAUUGAAGCAAAUGAGAAGCAUCGAUGCCAACUCCAAAAUAUGAAUGAGGAAGCCAUUAGUGACAGUGGCAAUAAAACUUACUUGGGCAUUCUCAGUCAAUACAGGAUCCUGGGAAUAGCUAAUACUGAGCUUCAGUUUGAAAUGGCAAUGAGGGAUCAAGUCAUCCACAACCAAAGGGAAGCACUAAGAAACUUGUGGAACUUGCUCAUGGGAUUAGGACUUGAUGAGAGACAGAUAUUGGACAUUGCGGCCAAACAGGGAAUCACAAUUGAAGACUGGACGGUGACACCCCAUCUUGGGCUCUCUGAUAGGAAGGAAUCACCAAAUCUAGCUUAUGGUAGAUUUGAACCCUUUGGAUAUUGUCCAUACAUGGGGCAUUCGAACUCUACAACAUCUUGCAUGUUCCGGAAUUUUCAAGACUUCGGUUCAAGAUCAUUCUCGAGGGGGCAUUUGGAUUCAGCUUGUACUUUUUGCAGAGAGGAACACCAUAACUCCUACUUCUUACUGCCGCAUGAUCAUUCCCCAUCAGCAUGUCUGACUUUGAGGAAGAGCAGUGAGCAUUGGGUUGGUGGCAGGCCAAGUUCAUGGUUCAGCACUCUUAGGAAACAUCCUCAAAAUUUGCGCCAUUCGUAUCCAGAGGUAAGAAGUCAGUCUUCUCCUUAUGGUGAAAGCUGCAUGUCCUCUAUAUCUCACAGUGCUGAUUUUGGCAAUCAGCUUAAGGACACAUGGAAUACUACUAUGAGGCAACAUUUGUAUGAGAGUUCUCAUUUUGGAAUGAGUAGCAGCCAAGAUUUGCACGAAGGAAAAAUAAUGGGUCAUUGUGGGACAAAUCGAGGUUUAUUUGGAUGUAGUCCUUUGGAACGAGGCCCUGUUUGUGUUGGCUCAAAUCGAAUUUUUCAGAAUACCAAAUCCUCUAACUGCUAGGACCUGUCCCACAUGCCUUAAUUGUCUUCAAUGGGCUCGAUUUCUUUUGGUUCCCAUAAUCCUGAUACCAAAGGUCACUUCCAAUUUUGUAUAGUAUUCCUGAAUACUAGUGCUCUCCUGCUUCUGCCUUUUUUUCGUUUUUUCUGCUAAUGUACAUAUGAGCUGUAGAUUUGUAGUGUUGGACUUGGAGCAUGCUCACUUUUAACAGGCUUUCUCGAAGUCCACUGGCGAGUCUUAAUGCCGGCUAGAUUGUUGGAGCAUGCUCACGUUUAUCUGAAUCUGAUGAAAGGAUAAAAAAAGGAUUUUUGAGGUGGUUGUAGGAAUAUAGUCCAGAACUAUUUGGGUAGAUUUCUGACUAGUUACUUACUUCCCAAAUGUAGUUCUGAUGUUGUGCCUGUAUAUAUUUGUGUACAUUUAUGGGCUACUUCGUUUAAUAAAAAAGCUGCAAUUUGAUGUUAA